UCACGCAUUAUCUUCUUUAUGACCUCACCUUCAUUCUUUUAUUCUCUUUUAAGUUUCUGAGAAACCGAUUGAAUUUCAUCGACUUAUUAUUCGUACAUUACUUCUUGACUUUUCACAACUUCGUGUUGCUAUAAAUAAUGGAUCCAUCUUCAGAGUUCAACCGCUUUGAUAGUUAAUUUACAGAGCAAAACACAUGAAGCUUUUGUUAUGGCGUCGGUGUCCACUCUCUUCUUCAAGAAUUAAGAUUGGACGAAAUUUGGUGUGCAAAAGAAGUCCCAGAAAUAUUGUCCGUAAAAAGCCCAAACGAUUUCUGAACAGAAGGCAAUCGAAUAAGAAAGUAGGGAGCAGCAAAAUAAAGGAAGGCAUAGCACGGCUGAAGACGGAGAUGGCAGAGAUCAACGUGGAACAAAAAAGCAUUGCGGAGGGACAGAAACAGGUGCGGAAGAAGUACGAGGAGAUUCAGAGAGAACGCGAGCAACUAAAGAAGGAAACAGAGCUCAUUUCGCAGCAGAGUCAUGGUAUCCGAGUUCGUUUAGAUUUAAUGUUCGAAAUCAUGAGAGCAAGAGUUGCGAGCGAUUCUGCCAAAGUUGCUCAACUUACUCUACGUCUCAAAGACUUGAUAGCGAAGCCAAAGGAACAAAAGGAAGCUUUGAUGCCAGAUGAAAAUAAUAUUUAGGCCUAUGGCUAUGUAAACGUUUCUAAUUUCUAUAGUGUGUUGUGAUGUGUGUAAUAUGUAAUAUGUUUCAAAGCCUUUAUCUGUAAUGACUUCCAGAAUGUAAUCAAACCAAAAAAAAUUAUGUAUGUGCUAAUUAUGUUUGUAUUGAAGAUUGUCUUCUAAUGGAAGCAAAUAGGUACAAAUCUUUUACUACCAA